GAUUGUAUUCUGUAUUGAAUUUUACAUUUGCUCAACAUUCUUCAGGUUGUUAUCGAGGAUGCACCCGAAGUUAAACCGGACUCGGACCUUUUAACGCCCGUCGAUGACCCGGUUGGUGAAAGACCAAAGUCGCCGUGGACCCCUUCGUACUCUGUCACCAAGCAGGGGCCGAACGAGGCUGUUGAAGAACUUGACGAAUUAGAGCAACUGUCUGGUCCAGUCGCUAGUACUACUGCACAUGCGGUGGACGAGGUGCUUAUCCCCCCUGUUCUUAUGGCAGAAGCUCCCGCCGAGACCCCUCAAACAUUCCCUAUUGUCGAAGAAUCGCAGAAAUUCGCAAAGAAGCCAAGCUUGUCUGCCGUCGACGAGCUCAACGCCGCCGAGGUCACUGAAUCCAACACCCUCCGCAUCGAUAUCCCCACCACCAACGGAGCCAACCGCAAGAGGCUGGAGUCCACGACCUCUUCUCGUUUCUUCCCUGGUGGAUGGUUCUCCUCUUCGCCCAAGGUUCCUGAAGAGGGUCGCACAUCGCUCGACGUUGCCGCUGGAGAAUUUGUUCAUAAGUCGUCAAUCGAAAACACUCCAACCACUGCUCCAACCUCCGCCAUCCCCUCUGCCGUCGAGGAAGACAGGGAAAAGAAGUCUCGUUGGUGCACAAUCAUGUGAAAGAGACCGUCCGCUACCAUAUGCAUCUGAAUUCUUGAAACUUAUCAUCGUUUUUAUCAUUUUCGUUCUCGUUCUCUACUCUACCUUCUUCCACUACGACCUUUACGACAAGUGAUGACUGCAUUUUUAUACUUACUUUCAAGCGGAAUCUGGUACUGACAGACCUCUACCUCUUGUAUAUUGGCUAAUUCCCCCCAUUCAUGUUAAUUUGAGUUUGCACUGGAAGUCCGCGGAAGCUCCCCUUAAUACAACCGACCUUAGCUCAGUUGGAAGAGCGCGAGACUGUAACUGGAUAAAUUCAUCUUGAGGUCGCCUGUUCGAG